CAAGCCUCCUCGAGGCGCCCCCCCCCUGGCCGAGCCGCGCGGCGCUUGGCGGGCCGCGGCCUCGUCUCACCGCGCGGGCGCCCGCGCGCCCCGGCCUCCCCUCUCUUCCUCAGGGCUCCGGGCGCUGGCUGCUCAGGUCCUGGGACGCUCCCGGAGAGUGCGUCGCCCUCAGGGGUGCCGAGUACCGAACUUCCUCUUCGAGGCGGGCGGCGGCAAUGGCUGGGCCCGAGGCGCUCAUGUGGCCCGCAGGCGGGCUCGCGCGCCUCGCGUCCUGGGCCGUGCCGAUGGCGGCCCGCUCGUGGGCUGGCCUGCUCGGGCGCUGGGGCCCCGAGGGCGCGGAUGCGGCGAUGGCCACGGACCCGUGCUGGUCGGGCCGCUUCGAGCCGCAGUCCGUGGGGGGCGGCGAGGAGGUUCGG